AUGAAUUGUAUUUUUCAUAAAGAAAAUCCAAUCUCUUUGAUAUGUAUGGCUUCUCAUGAGUGUAAAUUAUAAAGAAAACUUUGUAAUAAAUGUUAAUAUCUACACGGAGUAGAUUUUAAACAUUUAGUUUCGAUUGAAAUAUUUAAAGAAAAAGUUAGCAAGAAAUUAACAGAUUAUUAGUUUUAUGAAACACAUGAAGUAAAAUAAAGGAAAAUGAAAAUGAUAUCUUUACUUACUCAAACCGAAAGUUUGCUGAAGUAAAUUUUCGAAGAAUUAUCAUAAUCAAUCAAAGAAAUAUACAAUUAGAUUGAAUAGGAAUACAAAUCAUUUUAUGAAAUAAUUACCGACACAACCAUUAACCUAGCAGAAUUCUUAAAAAAUGACUUUGACAAUUUAGUACAAAUUGCAGAAGGAACAACAUUAAAUUAUUCGAAUGUUUACAAGAAUCCUUAUUUUGAGUUGUUGGAAAAGGGAAAGAUUUUUUUGGAUAAAGAAGUAAAGGAUUUCAUCACAAAGAUAAGAUAAGAAAUGAAAGAGAUUUUUUCAUUUAAUGGGCAAACACAAUUAAAUAUCCAACCAAUUCAAAAAGAAGGAUAAGGUUUAAAAAUCGAAAAAGACAUUGUUGAUCUCUUAGCUUCGUUAAAAGAUAUAGAAGUAAAAAUUUUCACUUAAAUUAUUGAACUGCUGAAAAAAGAGAAAAUCUCAGAUUUUCUAAGGAGGGAUGAAACUCAACAAAAACUUAAUGAACUUUUAGGAAAUAGCAGCACCAAUAAAAUCAUAGAGGUUACCAGAAAUCUUAAUGAGCAUGACUUUAAUAAAAAUGAUUAUUCUGCUGAAAUAUAUUGUUCAAAAAUAUAGGAUAUCAUUAAAAGAAUAGGAGAGGAUAAUACUAUAAUUGAAUUUUUAAAAUUUUUAGUCCACAUAACAGCUAUAGACGAGUAAAUGAUCUAGUGUGGUUCAAAUGCAAUUCAUUUAUUAGUAAAAAUGAAGAUUGAUAUGACAAACUAAUAAUUUCAAGAUAUUAAGAUUUAGAAUACAUCUUUAGUAGGGGCAAAUUUUUUAAGAUGCAAUUUGAGUGGAUCUGAAUUUAAUAACGUAGAUAUAACAGGCAUAAAUUUAAAUGGAGCUUAAUUACUCAGGUGUAAUUGGAAGAACAUUAGAAUAAAUCAAUUUAAUAGAUUAGAUGGUCAUAGUGGUUGUGUAAGAUCAGUAUGCUUCUCACCUGAUGGUUCUAUAUUGGCUUCUUGUAGUUUGGAUAAGUCUAUACGUUUAUGGGAUUUGAAGACAGGAUAAGAAAAAGCCUAGUUGUUUGGUCAUUAUGGUUGGAUCAAUUAAGUGUCCUUCUCUCUUGAUGGUAAAACUUUGGCAUCCUGUAGCAAUGAUAAGUGUAUUCGUUUAUGGGAUGUUAUGACAGGAUAAAAAAAGGCCAGAUUGGAAGGUCACGCUAAUACUGUUUGCUCAGUGUGCUUUUCACCUGAUAGUGCUACAUUAGCAUCUAGUAGUAAGGAUAACUCUAUCCGUUUAUGGGAUGUCAUAACAGGACAGUAAAAAUCAAAAUUUGUUGGUCAUACCAACGCUGUACUAUCGGUUUGCUACUCUCCUGAUGGUACUUCAUUAGCUUCAAGCAGCGAAGAUAGGUCAGUCCGUUUAUGGGAUACUGAAACAGGAAAGUAAAAAUCAAAAUUAGAUCAUGAAUUUGAAGUUAAUAAUGUCGUCUUCUCUCCUGAUGGUAUUACAUUGGCAGCUGGAGGUUACGAUAAAAUUAUCACAAUUUGGGAUUUUAAGACAGGAUUAUAAAAAGCUAAGUUGAUCGGCCAUAAAGAUUUUAUUUUAUAAGUUUGCUUCUCCCCAGAUGGCGCUAUGUUAGCGUCGGCUAGUUGGGAUAAGUCAAUUCUAAUUUGGGAUGUUAAGACAGCACAGUAAAAAGCUAAAUUGGAAGGUCAUUCUGAAGGAGUCUCAUCAAUAAGCUUCUCUCCAGAUGGCAAAACAUUAGCUUCUGGUAGUUUAGAUCUUACUAUCGGCUUAUGGGAUGUUAAGAUAGCAUUAGAAAAACCAAAUUUGGAAGGUCAUGAUGAUACUAUCAAUUCAAUUUGCUUCUCUCCUGAUGGUAGUAUAUUAGCAUCCUGUAGUGAUGAUAAGUCUAUAGGUUUAUGGGAUGUCAAAACUGGAUAAUAAAAAGCCAAAUUACAUGGUCAUAUUUAUAAUAUCUAAUCAGUCUGCUUUUCUCCUGAUGGUAAAUUAUUAGCAUCAGGCAGCCUAGAUGAGACCAUUUUAUGGGAUGUUGAGACAAGAUAAUAAAAAUAUUAAUUGAAAGUUCAUACCAAAUGGGUUUAAUCAGUUUGUUUUUCUCCUGAUGGUAAUUUAUUAGCAUCUUGUAGUGAUGAUAAGGCCAUACUUUUAUUUGAUGUUAAGACAGGAUAAUAAAAAGCAAAGUUAGAUGGUCAUACUUUUUAUGUUCAAACAAUAUACUUCUCUUAUGAUGGCACUUUAUUGGUAUCGGGAGGUGUAGAUCAGAACAUCAGAAUAUGGGAUGUUAAAACAGGUGAAUAAAAAGCCGUAUUGGAAGGUCAUGAUGGUUGUGUUAAUUCAGUAUGCUUCUCUCCUAAUGAUACUAUAUUAGCAUCCGGUAGUGCAGACAAAUCAAUUCUUUUAUGGGAUGUUAAGACAGGAUAAAAAAAAGCAAAGUUAGUUGGCCAUAUUCGUCAGGUAAGAUCAUUAUGCUUCUCUCCUGAUGCUACUAUAUUGGCCUCUGGUAGUUUAGAUCAAGAUAUCAAUAUAUGGGAUGUUAAGAGAUAAGAACUAAGGGCCUCAUUGAAAGGCCAUUAUAAUUGUAUCAAUUCAGUGUGCUUCUCUCCUAAUGGUGCUGUGUUAGCAUCUUGCAGUGAUGAUAUGUCUGUUCGUUUAUGGGAUGUGAAAGAUAUCAUUGAAAUUGAAGAGUCAGAUUAAAAUGGAUAGGAAGUAAAGGUAAAAUUGAAUUUGCUUGAAUUAUAAAAAAAAUUUCGAGGUAAUUCUUUUUUAAUAUUUUAUAGUAAAUAAUGUAACUAUUCUGCGCAUUUCUAAAAUACCAAUAUUUUAGGCUUGGGGUGCUUUAAUUUACAAAGGAGAAUUCUUUAAUUAUUAAGGACUAGAUUUAAGAUCAUAUUUAAAAUUUAAAGGUAGUCUUUUUUUGGAAAAUCAUUUGUAAGAGUUAUAAAAUUGA